UAAAAAUGAACGGUCGAUCUUUGGACCGUUUUGAUGCAGAAAGUUCGAAGUCCAAGUACAAAGGGCAGUUAACCAUUUUGGAAUAUUCAUGACAUGCAUGAUGUCCAGUUUAGUCUAAAGUCCACUCAAUGGAGACUCUCAUUGUAAAAUAAUCGACAAAAAUAUAAGCGAUAUUACUUGUACAUCAUGACUUAACUGAAAUAUCAAUUUCAAUAAGGCACGUUAAUAUACAUGAAUAAUACACUUGCAUUUUCAUUAUGAUCAUCGGGAUAGCCCACAAACAUUAAAUGUCAUCUGACAGGAACCUGGAAACGAGUUUGAAGUGAAAGAAGGUCAGGUUCAAUUGACUAUGCAGCACAUGUGCGUUAUGGGUAUCAGAUAUAGGCCUAUCUUUCAUUAUGAGUUCAAAUUAACUCCUUGUCGAAUUUACUAAUUGGUGGUAAGUUAUAUCUAUAAUGACGAAUUUCUUUGUUCCAAUGAUCGAUCCAGGAAAUGCGUUACACGUCCUUCAGUCAGGGUCAGGCCCAGGCCUGAUGGUCAGGGUUAUCCAGCACAACGUCAUCAUACAACAGUACUAUAGGGUUUUAGGAUCCAUGAUUUGAUCACUAAUCAUGGAUGUGGAGAUUCAAUCGACAGGCCAAAUAACUCGUAAUUGCCAUAGAAGCAUCGAUAGCGAUGUCGUUCAAGAGGAUGGUGAGGAUAAAAACAUCGUCCAGCUUCAACGCAGUCUCAGCGUCUUCGACGGUAUCAUGAUCAACGUCGGCAUCAUGAUUGGUACUGGAAUCUUCAUAUCGCCCAAGGGGGUAGCUGCCGGGGUAGAGAGCGUCGGGGCCACCCUCUGUGUUUGGGUGGCUGCAGGAGUCAUCGCGCUCCUUGGUGCACUAUGCUACGCCGAGUUGGGCACCACCAUCCCUGCAUCAGGGGGCACUUACACCUACAUUCAAGUUUGUUUCGGAGACUUUGCAGGGUUUAUCAACUUCUGGGCGAAUACCGUUAUUGUUUCGCCAUCAUCGAACGCUGUCGUUGCCUUGAUGUUUUCAAUCUACUGCCUUGAACCUUUCUAUCCGGACCCGGAUUGCCCACCUCCGAAGAUGGCCAUCAAACUCUUUGCAAUCUUGAGCAUUUCGUUCACUAUGUUUCUCAAUUGCUGGAGCGUCAAACUUACGACAGUCUUACAAAAUACUCUGUCUAUAUGUAAACUGAUUCCACUGUGUAUCUUACUCAUUAGUGGCAUUGUGAAAAUUGGUAUGGGGAGCACUGAAAACUUCAAGGAACCCUUUGCGUCCACUGAUGUCAGCGGGAUAGGCACUGCUCUCUAUUCCUCUCUGUUCGGCUACGAUGGUUGGCAGUCAAUCAACGUCGUGACUGAAGAACUUAAGAAUCCCUCAAGGAAUCUUCCACUUUCCUUGAUCAUUUCUAUAUCGAUAACAUCCUUUGUGUACACUCUGACCAACGUUGCUUACUUCACCGCUCUGUCUCCCUCAGGGUUGGUAGCUUCUGACGCUGUAGCCUUCAGCUACGCACAGCUCGUCCUUGGAAAGUUUGCAGUCAUAAUCCCCAUCACGGUCGUCCUGUCAACCCUAGGUUGUCUCAACGGAUCCAUCCUAUCCUCAUCCAGGGAGUUCUUCGUUGGAGCUAGAAGAGGACACCUACCCAGUUUCCUAUCAACAAUUGGGAUUCACCACAAGACACCCAUUCCUAGUGUCAUUCUAAACUCCAUGAUCACAAUAACAUGGUGUUUCGUAGAUAGCGUCUUCACCAUUAUCAACUUCUUUAGCUUUGUCCAGUGGUUCUUCUUCGGAAGUGCAGUCACCGGUCUGAUUUAUCUGAGGAUCAAAGAACCAAAUCGCCCUAGACCUUUCAAGGUCAACAUCUUCUUCCCUGUUACAUUUGUUGUAGUGUGUAUCUGUUUAACAAUCCUAGGAUUCAUCGGGGCACCCAUGGAUUCACUCAUCGCAACUGCGAUCAUCAUAAGCGGUAUUCCCAUAUACUUUGUGCUUGUGCAUCAACCGAGCCCUAGAGGUAAAUGGGCGAAGGGCGUGAAAAGAAGUAUAUUAGUCUUCUUACAGAAACUUUUAUUUGUUUCACCAGAAGAAUGUAAAGAAACAUAACAAUUUUCAUCUAAUUUGAAAUCAAAAUAUUUUCGUCACCCAUCUAUGACCAAACCUCCUACAAAAAUGUAUUUGCCUCACCAGAAGAAUAUAAAGAAACGUAGUAUUUCUAAAUCGAAUUUUAAAUCAUAAUGCUUUCGUCAUCCAUACGUCUCUUAAUGACAGUUGCGAAAUGAAAUAUCAGUCUUCCUACAAAAACUUUAUUGGAUUCACCAGAAGAAUAUAAAGAAACGUAAUUAUUCUUCACAUAAUGAAUUCAGUUUUGUUUCGUCAUCCGCCAAUGAAAUCUGCCCCACAAGUGAAGGUAAAUAAAAUAGUCUGAAGUACGUUCUUCAUAAAGCUACUUAAGUGAAGGCUGAAGAUAAUUAUGAUUUUGUAAUCGACCAAUAACUGCCCAGGAAAUAUUUUGCCAACAUUCACCUCCAUUUGCUGUAUAGCCUAUUAUUGCCUUAUUUCCAACUCGUCUAUUGCCAAUUCAUCCAUUGCCAACUCGUCUACUAGCAUUUGGUCUACAUUCUACAGUUCGUCCACUCACCACAUGGUCUACUCUCAUUUAGUCUAUUUCCGUCUAAUAACCAGUUGGUCCAAUGGCCAU